AUGAUGGAGCUCAACGAACGUCGUACUCUAUUGGGAAAAAGGGCAGGUACGUUCCGGGGUAAGCGUUUGGCUGCAAUUGAACAGUCGUUCCGCGACGCUGUCCUAAAUACGGACAUUUCCCGGUAUGAUUUAACAAGCGAAAACUUUGACUUAUUCAAGGUGCGUGAGGAAAUGGAGCAGCCUCUUGAUGCUGCCGCUGCGGUCGCAUACCGACUUUUGUUGGGAACAGGUCUCCCGCAAAAGUUCCGUUGCCGUGAUGUGACGCUGCUGAAUUUUAUUCUGCAAUGCCGCAAGAAGUACCGCAGUGUGCCGUACCAUAACUUCUACCACGUUGUUGAUGUAUGUCAGACCAUCUACACCUACCUGUACAAGGGCGCGGCCUGUGAGAAACUGACGGAAUUGGAAUGCUUUGUGCUUCUGGUGACGGCACUGGUGCACGACCUCGACCAUAUGGGUCUGAACAACAGCUUCUACCUCAAGACAGAGUCGCCCCUUGGUAUUUUGUCAAGCGCGAGUGGCAACACGUCAGUGCUGGAGGUGCACCACUGCAACCUUGCCGUUGAAAUUCUCUCUGAUCCCGACUCAGAUGUCUUUGAAGGUCUUGAUGAUGCCGAGCGUACCUCUGCCUACCGUGCAAUGAUCGAUUGUGUGCUUGCCACUGACAUGGCAAAGCAUGGGAGUGCCUUGGAACACUUUUUAUCAACGAACAAAGAGUCUUAUGCAAAAGAUGAUGAAAAUGUCCGUCGUUUAACUAUGGAGAUUUUGCUGAAGGCUGGUGAUGUAUCCAACGUGACCAAACCGUUCGAUAUAUCGCGUCUGUGGGCAAUGGCUGUGACUGAGGAAUUCUACCGGCAGGGCGAUAUGGAGAAGGAGAAGGGCGUUGAAGUCUUGCCAAUGUUUGACCGCUCAAAGAAUACUGAGCUGGCGAAGGGCCAAAUCGGCUUUAUUGACUUUGUUGCCGGUCCAUUCUUCAAGAAGAUUGUGGACGCUUGCCUCAGCGGCAUGGAGUGGACAGUGGAUCGUGUAACGAGCAACCGCGCGCAAUGGGAACGAAUGCUUAAGGCUGUUUCUUAA